GAACCAGUCCCUGGAUGAGGAAGACCCUACGCAAAAAGAAGACAAGACCAAAAACCUGUCCUGCACUGUCUGUGAGAAGAAGUUCACCAGGAUGUACGACGUUGAGCGUCACAUGGAAACCCACACAGACAGCGAUCGCAAGAAGUGCACCUGGUGCGGCAACAAGUUCCACUCCAUCAGGAGCAAAGAGCGACACGAGAGCCUGCACUGUAAAAGGAACAAGCACAACAAAUGCAGCCACUGCGAUGUGGUCCUGAGCAGCAAGUUUAAACUUCUGCGGCACGAACGGGAGCACUUGACGUCCGAGCAGAUCGAGAGCCUGUCCUGUAAAAACUGCAAGAAGGCGUUCACCAACCUGCGCAGCCUGAUGCGGCACGAGAAAUUGCACCUGAAGGAGAAGGGUGCCGUCCUGCACUGCAGCCACUGCCCUGAGACGUUUGAGGACAGGUUCUCCUACAACGUCCACGUGAAGAACCAUGCCGUUAAAGCGUACCAGUGCGAUCUGUGCGGUAUGAAGUUCAAGCACGAGUACCUCUUGAAUGUCCACACCAAGCGCAUGACCUGCCAGAAGAAGCGUCAGAGCCUGCAGGACGUCCAGUGCAACAUCUGCCACAAGACGGUCAAGGGAACUGCCACGCUGAAACGCCACAUGCGCACCCACACCAAGGAGAAACCCUACCCCUGUCGCAUCGGCUGCAAUGCUUCCUUCUCCAGUACCAGCAACCGGCUGAGCCACGAGCGCAUGUACUGCAAAUUGAGCCCGUCUUACCUCUGCACCCACUGCGGGGAGGUUCUUUCCAACCAGGCCAGGCUGAUUUACCACGAGAGCAAGUACCACGGCAUUGGGCCCCUGGUUGGUGGCCAGCGGACCUCAAACACCGAGUACCCAUGCCGUCACUGCGGCAAGGUCUUCUUCUUUAAAGGUGGUCGCAAGCGCCAUGAGCGUAUCCACACUGAUGAGAAGCCCUACAUGUGUCAGUUCUGCCCCAAGGCCUUCGUGCAUGCCAGUGCCCUGGUGUGUCACGAGCGGGUUCAUACCAAAGAGAGGCCCUACGUCUGUAAAGAGUGCAACAAAGCAUUCUCCCAGGCCACUCACCUGAAGACCCACAUCCGUGUCCACACAAAAGAGAAACCCUACAAGUGCCGCUUCUGCGACAAGGCCUUCUCUCACAUGGGCACCAGGAAGAGCCAUGAGGGGACCCACAAAAGCACCACUGAACCCGGACCGCAACCAGCCGUUCCCCAGGAGCAGGCAGCUGCCAAAUUCCACAUGCCCCAGCAGGAACACCACGUGGUGGUGCACCCCGAGAUCAAAGUUAUCCAUCAUGACACUGAGCCAGUACCACACAAGGUUCAUAUCAGCCACCACGAGCAUGAGGUACAAGCGGCAGACGUUAUCUUGCAGCUGCUUGAGAGUGGCAGUAGAGUAUCAAACUUUGAAGGACUGGUGCACAUGGACACUCAGUAUUUAACAGCAGCUAUGGAACCAGAUACAAGCUCCACUAAUGUGGUAGUGGAGAGUGUCAACCAAGCACCUGAUAUGGACAUCUUCGAGACAGGUGAACAUUCAUUGGUUGAAGCAAGAGAAAGCAUUGUGAGGACCACCAGGGAAUCUGAUGGUGACACCCUGGUGGUGACAACCAGCGAAGCUGGCGACGCGGUGCUGAUCACCACGAGUGAAGCUGGGGGUGCUGUAUUGGUGACGAGUAACGGCACCGACGCCAUAGUCAUCUCCGACUACAAGCAGAUGAUGGCCGGCAAUGCCGUGGAGGUGUCCUCGAGUGACGUCGACAACGCCGUGGUUGUCGCAGCGAGCGAAGCCGAGUUGGGCACUGUUGUUGCAACAAGUGAAGCUGGCGGCACCGUGGUUGUUGCAACAGGUGAUGCUCAGCACAUACUGGGCAAUGGAGGCAGCGAAAGUGCAGUUGCGACAGGCAAAACUAGCAGCAACAAGGUCAUGACUGGCGAUAGUUUAACCACAGGUGAUGUGAGAGAGGUUGAUGCUACGGUCAGUGAGCCCACGCUACAAGCAUUGGACCUCACCCUACACACCGCAGGCAAGAAAGUGGUAGACGGAGCCAGUGUUGGAGGCGGAACAGAUCAAGCUGUGGAGGUGGUAGCUGUUGACACCCUCACGAGAGUCAGUGAAGGUCCAGUGGACACUGUCAGCAAACAGACUGCAUUUAGCAGUGACAGAGCAACAACAGAUGGGGAGUGUACACUUACUGUCACCCAUGAAGACGGGACGGGUGAAGAGAUCAUUUUCAUCUGCGUGCACGGGCAGACAUUCCGAUGCAAGCCUCAGACUGGUACCCGAGUUAGCACUGCUGAGCAGGGACCAGCACCAUCUGACAGUGCCUGCGCUUGUAACAAGUCCAAGGUGUCACUGCAAGGGAAGGUAGCUAGCCAGGGCAGGGACCGCCAGCUCCGUACCCGAAGCCAGAAGUUCACCUGCAACAAGUGCGGCGGCAGGUUCACUCAGAAAGCGUCUCUGGACCGGCACAUGAUUGCCCACAAAAGUGAUGAGGACAAGAGUGAAGAGGAGAUUACAGAAAAGGGGGAGGUCCAAGCUGAGCAGGAGCCCAAGACAACUGGAGGAGACACCUUGUCCAGGAAAACUCGGCGGCUGCUGAGGGGAAAAGAUGCCAAGGCCCCUCCCAACAUCAUUAUGUGCCAGGAAUGCGGGAAGGACUUCCGCAGAGUCAGGGAUCUGGAGAGACACAGGAAACAACACCACAAGAACAAACUGAAGACGGCGUCCAAGAAACGGGAGGAGGGAAUGUUGCCCACAAAGAAGCCGUUUGAGUGCAAAACGUGUGGGAUGGUUCUUGAAAACAAGUACCGACUUGGGCGCCAUAGGAAGAGUCACCACCUCCCGGCCAAUCCAUCUGAAAGGCGGUCCUGCAAAGUUUGUGACAAGGUGUUCGCCAGGCCCUUCAAUGUCAAACGGCACGAGAAGACUCAUCGGGAAAAGCCUGAACGGGCUAAAUUGCCCAAGACAUUCUCUUGCACGGAGUGCCCCAAGACAUUCUCCCGCCAGAUUCACUUGACGCGGCACAAGCAGCUCCACGCCAAGGCUGAGGACACGGUGAUCAAGUGCCCCUCCUGCCCCGAGACGUUUGAAGACCGGUACUCCUUCAAGAACCACCACAAGAUACACGUCAUGCAGAGGUACACCCGUGACGUGCAGUGCGAGGUGUGCCAGAAGGUUGUGAAGGGACCUGUCACGCUAAAGCGCCACAUGCGCACCCACACCAAGGAGAAGCCUUACCCCUGCCGCAUCGGCUGCAACUCCUUCUUCUCUAGCACCAGCUACCGUUUGAGCCACGAGCAGCUGCACUGCACGGCGGGGCCUGAUCUCCUCUGCACCUACUGCGGGAAGGUCUUUGAGAACAGAGCCCGACUGAUAACGCAUGAGAGAAGGGAACACCAGUCGGACCUGGACGAAAGAAAUGUGCACAGGAGGCCGACCUACCCCUGUCGGCACUGCGGUAGGGUGUUCCACUUCAGUGCUGUCCGGUCACGACAUGAGCGCAUCCACACCAACGAGAAGCCCUACAUGUGCCAGUACUGUCCCAAGACCUUUGGCCAUGCCAACGCCUUGCUGUGCCACGAGCGGGUUCACACCAAGGAGCGACCCUACAAAUGCACAGUGUGCAGCAAGGCUUUUUCGCAGAACACCCACCUGACCACGCACAUGCGCGUCCACACCAAAGAGAAGCCGUACCAGUGCCGAUACUGCAAGCAAGUUUUCUCUCACCUGGGCACCAGAAAGAACCACGAGAGGACCCACAAAGUGGCGCUGGAGCCCAACUUGCAAGGGGUCCCCCAAGGCAUCCCUGGACUUGAAGGCGUCUCCUACCAGACCCCAGAGGACAGCACGGAGAGGGGGAUGGAGGUGGACGUUUCCAACGGGAAUCCCGAGGGGUCAUACCAGACCAUUGCAGACUCCAGCAUGCAAGAAGCUGUCCAACAGGAGCUACCCGUGGUAGCUGCGGAGGACUUGCCACAAGCAGAAAUGCAAGAAGUUACCCAUCGGAUCAUUCUCAGUCACCCGGAGCACGAAGUACAAGCUGCUGACGUAAUCUUGCAGCUAUUGCAGAGUGGCAACAGAGUGGCCAACUUUGAAGGCUUGGUGCACAUUGUGCAGUCACAGUAAAUUUUUUUGUCUUGGAAGACUUCCAAUUUGCGGAAGUGAAAACUGCGUUCUAAUUUUUUAUCUCCAUAGUGUAAAUAUUCUAGAAAUGCUAAAAUAGCACUCUAUAUUUUGGUGAUGCCAAAUGUUAUAUGUACGUGUAGUUGAGGACAGUGUCGCGUCCAAAGGAGCUCCAAGUCAAUUCCAGUCACAAAUUAUUGAAAUGAACAAUGUCAAACAUUUCUUGGUCACCAGUCUGGCCAUUUUUUUUCCUGCAUUUAUCUUGGCCACAGCUCUGGUUUGUGAGCUCAUAGUUGGAUAAUUAGUUGGAAGUUGCAGUGUUUUCACUCCUGUAUGGGCAGUUUUCUUUGACAGUCAGUUUACUGUGCGAAAUGUGAAUUCCUCUGAUCUGGUUAUUCUCUUUAUAGUGCAAAGAUAAAUCUUAUAUAAUGGUGUAAAUUCAGCAACUGAGAAACAGUUGAAGAAAAAAAUAAUAGUCUACUCCUGAUGUAUAAAGAACACUGAUAUAAUAAAAUGGUGUUAAACGAGCACAUUCUGUUUUUCUACUCCUUUGAUAACAAAGUCCUGGUUGUAACAAAGUAACUUCUCUGGUCCCUACAACUUCAUCAUAACGAGAGCUGACUGUAUUAAAAGUGUGUAAAUAUCAUCAUGGGAA